AUGUCUCUAUUUAAUGUUUGUAAUUGGUGGACAACUCAGUGUUCGGACUUGAAUGAAAACUACGAUGUCGCCAGUUUACUUUGUGCACGGUUCGGCCUGGAAGAAAGUGAAAAGGAUUAUGUGGUUGUUGGUUCACAUGGAGGUCAUUUGAGUAUCUUUUAUCCAACACUGGAACCAGAUCGUAUUGAAGAGAAAAACUGUUUUAAGCCUACGGAUUUGUUGUUGGAAACAGUACUUGGAGAGCCAAUUUUAGGUAUUUUUGCUGGAAAGUUUAGCAGUAAUAUACGAGAUGAAAACAACAAUCAAUUAGCCGUUCUCCAUUUGCGUUCAGUUGCCAUUUAUAACAUUCAAACGGUAGGAGGUGUAGCAGAACAUGGCACACAAUUAAGUCUACAACAAUUGACAGAGUACAAGUUCGAGCGGGGUGCAUACAGUUUCUGUAAAGGACAUUUUGGUCAAGUUAAGGGACGUGAAUUUUUUUGUAUUGUACAUUUGGAUGGUACACUUACAUUUUACGAACAGGAUGGAAUAUUAUAUGAAUGUCAUUUUCCAGGCCCACGUGCACUACCAACUCCGAUAGCUUACUGCGAAAUUACGGAUUGUUUUUAUCGAUUUAGUGCCGAAUGGAACUUGGAAUGCUAUACGUAUCAAGAUUUGGCGCAUUCUUCAAUAAAUAAAUCCAAUUUUCAAUCAAUUUGGUCUGUAUGUCUAGGGGAAGGCAUUAUCGAUAUAAGCGUAGUUCAAGCAAAAGAGGAAUAUGCAACUAUAAUGGUGUUGGGUGAAAGAAAUUUUAUCAGUUUGCGAGAUAAUGGAACGUUAGAGUUUAUACUUAAAUUAGAUUAUGUACCAAAAUGUUUCUAUACAUUUCUUGUGGGAUAUUAUUGGGAACCAAAUGCACGAUUGAAAACUGUAAUUGUAUCGGAUAGUGCCAAGCUAUUUAUAUAUGAAGACGCUAAUAUUUUAUGGGCAGCACAAUAUAAUAAUGUGGCACCAGUUGCUAUACAACGCUCCAAUUUGCAUGGGUUGCCUGGUGGUAUUGUAACCUUAGGUCCAAGCGGACAGUUACUAAUUGGUUAUUUGGGUUCUGAACCUUACGUUUUUCAAGUACCGCCAUUGGAACAAACUGAAAUUAAAUUUAAUCAAGCGCACAAAGAUCUUAUGCAACUUGAAGAUGAAAUUAAAGAAGCAGUUGACACCAGAGAUAUGGAAGCAUUAAAUCAACGUGCCUAUGAAAAUGUUCGAGUACACUUUUCAAUUGAUAAAGAAAUCAAAGAUGAUAUAGAUGAUAUACUUCUUGACAUACCAGCUGAUGUAGCACUUAAGGAACUUCCGGCAUGUGGUGGAGCAUUAAAACUUAAGUGUAAAAUCGAGUUGGCUGAAUUACAAAUAACAUUUAGUACACCAGAAGGCAUACGUUGUACACAGGAAACUAUUACCUACAAUGAUAUGGCGGCAGGUACGAACAAAACUAUAGAAUUUGAUUUUUAUAUCGCGGAACUGUUACAUGUACACUCCACCCGAGUCGAUGUGGUUAUCUCCUUUAUAACGCCUAAGGGAAUACCACGUGUUAUUCAAAAAACAGCAUAUUUACCACUGAGUAUGUUCUUCAAAACCAGAGCACCACAAAAAGCUGCUGCUAUCAAAUUUACUUUUGACUUGAAAACUAAACUACCCACCCCAUUAUUAGCGACAUUUUUUUCGGAAUUUAUAUCUUCGGAAAGUGAUGCUCAAGCUAUUGGUCUAGUACUUUUAUGUCCCGCUGAUGAUAAGUCGGAUGAGAUAGUAACUGUUGUUGCAGCUAAAAAUUCGGAUCGUCUGAGAAUUCAAUCGGACUGUUUGGAAACGUUUCCCAUGAUUUUAGAGCGAUUAAUAACUGUGACAUUGGAGAACGAGAAAAGUAAAGAAAGUUUAGAAAAAAUCAAAAAAGGGAAAAUUAAAGGAGCUAUUAAUCGUAAUACACAUUGUAUUGUGGCAACUCCGUUUUUACCUAGUCAGCAUAUCUUACAUCGAAUAGAUAUGCACCACGAAACUGAAGAAAAUAUCAGAAAACAAACUGCGGAAUUGGAUGAACUUUGGUUGCAAUUUAAAUCACUACAACGGGAAUUACAGGAGAAAUCGACAGAUGAACCCAAAGAAACACUGCAAAUGCAAAUUGAAGAAAAUUAUGAUCACCUGAUCAUUGAAGGAGACAAACUAGUAGAAUUGCGCAAGGAUGAAAAGAAGCAACGCUGUGACCUUACUUGCUCUAUCGCAACUACAACAUUAGUGUUAUCCUGUCUUUGUAUGGAAGAGAAAAUUGUAAAUGUAGUAUCGUCAGUGUUAUGCACUCCAGUGGAAGACUGGACUGAAGUGAGCUGGGAAGAGUCAAUGUCACCUGGUAUUGAUAUGUUACAUCAUUAUGGUCCUUUGACUAGAAACAAGAACUCUAAUGCUAAUAGCGUUGAAGAUAAAACCACCGCACAACCGAGUUUUGAUUAUGGACGCUUUAGGCGUCAUUUUGCAAUUUUUUUCGAUCGUAUUGUACGUCUCGCAUCAAGAGUAGAUCUUAAUAGGAACACAUCUAAUAAAAGUCAUCGUGAUGAUCUUGCACCGUUGCUUGAUAAUAAUGACAGUACUGGAAGUUCAGAUCCUAUGGUAGCACAAGUUGAUAAGUCCAGUACUUUACAUCGUAGCACUUUAGAAACUGUGCAGGAUGAUGGUAAUGAAUAUGAUGAAGAGGAUUUGCGUGAAGUUGGUUAUAAGAAAGACUAUGGUAGUAAAGAAGAGGAGAAAUCUUCUGAAAAUACAUCAGACUGGGUUAAUGAAAACUAUGAAAUACCGUCAAAUGAAGAAUUGUUUAGUGAUUUGGGUAUUUGGUGGUAGUUUCAAAAUGAAUAUUUAUUUAAAAUAACUUGAA